AUGAUUGGAAGUGCCAUGUACGAGUUGGUCAAGGUGGGCCACGCCAAUUUGGUUGGUGAGGUUAUCCGUAUCAAUGGUGACAAGGCCACUAUUCAGGUCUACGAGGAGACCGCUGGUGUCACUGUCGGUGACCCAGUGUUGCGUACAGGGAAGCCCUUGUCUGUGGAGUUGGGUCCUGGUUUGAUGGAGAACAUUUACGACGGUAUCCAAAGACCAUUGAAGGCCAUCAAGGAGAAGUCCCAGUCCAUCUACAUCCCCCGUGGUAUCGACGUGCCGUGCUUGAACAGAGAAGUGCAGUACGACUUCAACCCUGCGUCCUUGAAAGUGGGCGACCACAUCACCGGCGGUGACAUUUUCGGCUCCAUUUUCGAGAACUCGUUGUUGGACGACCACAAGAUUUUGUUGCCUCCUAGAGCCCGCGGUACCAUCACUUCCAUUGCUGAGUCCGGCUCUUACUCGGUUACAGACACUGUUUUGGAAGUCGAGUUCGAAGGCAAGAAGCACUCCUACUCUAUGAUGCACACAUGGCCCGUCAGAGUUCCUAGACCUGUGGCCGAGAAGUUGACUGCAGACUACCCAUUGUUGACUGGUCAGCGUGUGUUGGACUCGUUGUUCCCCUGUGUCCAAGGUGGUACCACAUGUAUUCCAGGUGCUUUUGGAUGCGGUAAGACCGUCAUUUCUCAAGCAUUGUCCAAGUUCUCCAACUCGGACAUCAUCACAUACGUUGGAUGCGGUGAGCGUGGUAACGAGAUGGCUGAGGUUUUGAUGGAGUUCCCUGAGCUUUUCACCGAAGUCAACGGCCGUAAAGAACCUAUUAUGAGACGUACUACAUUGGUGGCUAACACCUCGAACAUGCCUGUGGCAGCUCGUGAGGCGUCUAUCUACACCGGUAUCACCAUUGCAGAGUACUUCCGUGAUCAAGGUAAGCACGUGUCGAUGAUUGCCGACUCGUCUUCUCGUUGGGCCGAGGCCUUGAGAGAGCUUUCUGGUCGUUUGGGAGAAAUGCCCGCCGAUCAAGGUUUCCCAGCGUACUUGGGUGCCAAGUUGGCUUCCUUCUACGAGCGUGCCGGUAAAGCCCUGGCUUUGGGUUCUCCUAACAGAAUUGGAUCUGUUUCUAUUGUUGCUGCCGUGUCCCCAGCAGGUGGUGACUUUUCUGACCCAGUCACCACUUCGACUUUGGGUAUCACACAGGUUUUCUGGGGUUUGGACAAGAAAUUGGCACAGAGAAAGCAUUUCCCUUCUGUCAACACCGGUAUCUCUUACUCCAAGUACACUAAUGUGUUGAACAAGUACUACGACGAGAACUUCCCCGAGUUUGCCAGCUUGAGAAACAAGAUCAAGGAGAUCUUGUCGAACGCCGAGGAAUUAGAGCAGGUUGUGCAAUUGGUUGGUAAGUCUGCUUUGUCUGACUCGGACAAAAUUGUCUUGGAUGUGGCCACUUUGAUCAAGGAAGAUUUCUUGCAGCAAAACGGUUACUCUUCUUACGACCAGUUCUGCCCAAUCUGGAAGACAUACGAUAUGAUGCGUGCGUUUGUCAUCUACUACGACGAGGCACAAAAGGCUGUUGCUAACGGUGCCGUGUGGUCUAAGUUGUCGGAGGCCACUUCCGAUGUCAAGCACGCGGUUUCCAGCGCCAAGUUCUGUGAGCCACUGGACGGUGAGGAGGCUGGCCGUAAAUUCUUUGCCGAGUUGUUGACCAAGAUCACCGAGCGUUUUGCUGAGGCGGCCGAGUAA